CGGAGAAGACUUCUGUGCAUUUUGACCCAGGCAGAGUUCAGACAUGUCUUCAUCGGGACUGGAGGUACUUGGAGUGACCAUGGCCGUCCUGGGAUGGCUCUUUGCCGCUGUAUCCUGCGCCUUGCCCAUGUGGAGAGUGUCAGCGUUCAUUGGGACAACCGUUAUCACAGCCCAGAUCUUCUGGGAAGGCCUCUGGAUGGAGUGCGUCUUCGAAAGCACAGGUCAGAUGGUGUGUAAGAUCCACGACUCCAUGUUGGCUCUAAAUGGAGAUGUCCAGGCUGCCCGUGCCCUCACUAUCCUCUCCAUCGUGAUGGGGAUUCUGGGAAUCUUGGUUGCCAUCAUGGGGUCAAAUUGCACCAACUGCGUGGAAGAAGAGUCGGCCAAGGUUCACAUGAUGAGGGCCGCCGGGGUGGCCUUCAUCCUGGCUUCUCUGGCCGAGCUGAUCCCUGUGUCCUGGUAUGCGCAUAGCAUCAUCACAGACUUCCACAAUCCAGCUGUAAUUAAGGGACGCAAGAGAGAGAUAGGUGCAGCUCUUUACGUGGGCUGGGCUGCUGCUGCCUUUCUGCUCAUCGGAGGGAGCGUCCUCUGCUGCAUUUCUUCCCCACGACCUGAGCGAAGUCACAGGCGUCCACCAAAUAUGCUGAGCGCCCACGCCAGGUCUAACGCCUCGAGUGGUUACAACAGGAAAGACUACGUCUGAACUCGCACCUCGUCUUCUCUCAUCCCUUUAGCAUCUUUUAAAAACACUGAGGUCAGCGACUCUAUGUUAGUGACGUGCACUGGAUUUUAUACUUUACGGAAAUAACUGUAUAUUUUGUGAUUUAAACGUAGAGAUAUGUUUACACUGUGUGUACUGUUUUUAUCUUUUGUGUUCAGUUUGGAUUAAGAAGUUUGAUUUUUGUAAAUCUGAAAUGUUUUAUUCUGGUAUAUGUUUUGUUUUUUUACCUUCUGUCGUCUUGAUAGAUUAAACCUUGACA